ACUCUGCAGCAGCCUCCUCACCCUAUCAAUAAGGAUCAGUUAGCCAAGGUGGAGGAUGGGAGCAACAUGGAACUGUCCCAGCUCCUCAAGGAGCUCAGGGCAAACUAUGAAAAGCUCAUCAGCAGAAGUCAGAUAGAGACCAUCCUCUCAGCAGGGACCCAGCUUGAAGACGCGACCUUUGAAAGAAUGGACAAAGACGAAGAAGUUCUAAAAGCAGCUAGGGCAGAACUAAAGGAAGCAAGACGUCAGUGGCAUCAGAUGCAGAGAGAAAUCGACACUCUCCACGCUGUGGAAAAGGGCCUGGAAAAUUCUCUGCGCACCACAGAGCAGCAGUACCAGACUCAGCUAAAACAUUUAGAAACAGAGAUUGAAGGUCUGGAGAAAGAGCUACAAGGUGUGCGGCAAGGCAUUGAGAAACAGCUCCAGCAACAUGAAGAAUUACUGAACACUAAAAUGAAGCUUGAACAAGAGAUAGAUACAUAUCGCAGUCUUCUGGAGGAGGAAGAGAAAAGGUAUCGCUGUUCUGCACACAAAGAAAGAAAAGAUGCCAAAAAGGCUACUACUAGCAGAAUAGCAUUUAUCUUGCCUUCACCUAGCGAGCUAAAGAAGCAUGAGAUUGAAAAAGUAGAAAUACUGACCAAGCAAGCAGUCUUAAAUGGAGGUGCUGUGAAGGAGCGUGCAGAAGCUCAUGGCAAGAUACAGACUGAAAAAGUGGAUGAAGUAAUUAAAGAAUGGGAAGGCUCUUUCUUUAAGGACAACCCUCGCUUAAGGAAAAAAUCUGUUUCUUUGCGCUUUGAUCUCCACCUAGCAGCAACAGAUGAAGGUUGUUUACAGACUAAACAGAAAAGCCUGCCUGAUAUUGAAGUAAGAUUAGUAAUGAGGCGGUCCUGCAGUAUCCCAUCCAUCAAAACCUAAAUCGGCAUUGAACUUCCCAAAGAUUAUUUAUGGAUGGAUCUCAGAAAUAAAUGUUAGGAAGAACAUAAAUGGACUUCAUGACUGCCUCAUAUCUGUCAAAGUUAAGAGUAAAUGCUAUCAGCUAAUAUAUAUUCCUAUAACUAGUAAUUAUUUUAGAGAUCCAAGAGAAGGUUAAAGAUCUUACACUGAGACCCAGAAUUCUUAUUAGAUUAUUAUUAUAUGUCUGUUUAUAUAUUUUGUUUUUGUUUAUUUUCCUCCCAAUAUUUAUUUACUUUUGGAAUUUUAAAAAGCAUUUGAGAAUCUAAUGGGGAGAAAUUUAUCUCUGCUGAACUAAAUACUUUCAUUUUAAAGGAUACAUUCUAGUACUAUUCUGACGGAUGCCUGCUUGCACCAUCAUCAAAAUUAAUACACCAAAUGGCUGACAAUGGUUGGCAAGUGGUAAAGUCAUACCAGUGCUUCAAAGGGCAAUUCUCAUCACAUAUGAUGGGACAGUGGCCCCCUUGAAGAACACGUUUUUGUUAAAAAACAGUUUAAGGUCACAUUGUUUCUUUCACAUGUACAAACUGACUGAUCGGCAAUCAGCGCAGCACCACAGGAGAAUUCUAACAAAUGAAAAAUGACAUAAAUAUUUCCCAAGGCUUCCUUAAAAGCCAGUUUAAUUCAUACUUUGCCAUGUAAUGGUACUAGCAAUCUCACAGUGACAUACACCAUUUGAGGGUGAAGCAAAAGUUCUUUGUCCAUAAAAUAUCUGUACUACUAAUGUCCGAAUUACCAAAUUCUUCUAGCUGGCCAACAGGGCUUACUCUUGAAUGAUUCAAGAAAUCUUGCCAACACUCUUAACCUACUACAAGGGGCUCUAACCGGCUUCACUUUUGUGAGUAUGUCAGAAUUCUUGUUUUCUGGAAAACCCUCUAGAAAACAUGAGAAUAUUUCUACCAGAAAUUCCAUAUGCCAGAUACGGGUCAUAUGAAAUUAGCUAACUAAUAUAUUUCUUGUGAGCUCUUUCGUUCUAACUUUCAAUUAUAGCAAGUGAAAGAUUUCCUUCAAAUAUAAAUUUGACUAUAUUCAAAUAUAUUUGUUUCAAAAUGGAAGCAGAUUUCACAUAUUUGUUCAAAAUGGAAGUAGAUUUCUCAUAUUUGUUUAUUAGGCUUUUCAUUCUUUUUGCUGAAGGUGCAGGGUAUAUAACAUUCUUUCUUUACUGGUUUAGCAAAUCCUUACUUCUGAAUAUUGUGUAUUUCUUGUUCCAGUAAGUUGAAAUUCUAAUUUUCUUGAAGCCAGUGUCUAAACCCUUGAUUUCAACAGAUCCAGGGUCAUGGCUGCAUUUUUGUAAUUAUUACACAACAAGGAUAAAGGUUUUUUGAAUACACAAUAUUGAGUUAUGCUCUGUGUGCCUAUAUCACAGGAUCUAUCACCAUUACAACUGGAAAUACAUUUGCAGUCAGACGAACAGGAUAAAAAGGGCUAUAAAAUGAAGCUGUAAUCUUACAUGUAUAUCAUCUUGUUAAUGCUAAAGUGACAAGAGAGAAGCUAGAAUAAUACUUGCUCCAUCAAGUCAUUUCAGGUACCACAAACACACCUAUGCACAAACACAUCUAACAUCUUGUCCCUGAGCAAAACACAAAAACAAAAGCAAAGUACAGAUGCUCUAGAAAGCUGGCCAUUACUGGUAAAAAAGUGGAUUGCAGAGGAAAAAACAGGGACCUGUGGCACCUUAAAGACUAAUUUAGUUCCUAAUUAAAUGCCAUUCUAGUCCCUCUUUGCAUGGGUAAGGAAAAGGGUGGGGCUUAACAGCAGUCCACAAAAGUGAGAAAAAUAGCGCCAGCAUAUUUGCCAUAUGCUGUCUGAAGAGGUGAGGCUGAGGGCAUCCAAUUUAAGGAGUCCUUGUGCAACCGCUAGCCUUUUUCUUCUGCUGUGUAAUGAACUAGCAAAGUCCAGGCCAAAGUAACCGUUCUCAGUUCUUUAUUGUGCAGGCAAUCAUAGUCGGAUACAGGCAAUGCGAGGUCUGAGAGCC